AUACCUGCGGCUGCGGCUGGUAACUGCGCACGAGUACUGCACCAUCUGCGACCAGCCCUUCUCCGCGCCUCCUAUGUUUAUGCGGACGGUGUGCACCCGACAGCUGUGCGCCUACCAGUUCCUGGAGUUCGGCGAGCGUAUCACCACGGCCGAGGGCAUGAACGCCCAGGCCGAGAUAACCGAUCUUCUCUUCUGCAUGUUCGCCAGGGCUGCGAUCUCUCCGCGCAGCAACCUUAUUGUGGAUCCGUACCCUUGCUGUUCAAACACAACUGGUACAGACUUCCUGUUCGACCCGAGGAACAAGGAUCUCAAGAAGGUGGCCAGGGCCGUCGAGGAGCUCAAGAAGGCGCUGAAGCUGCAGCACGGCUCGAAGUUCGCCUACCACGGGAGCGGGACAGAGAACUGGCACUCCAUCCUCCGCAACGGCCUGAGAAACUGCUCGAACACGGGGUAUCAAAUCAACGGGGCCGCCUACGGCGCCGGCGUGUACCUGUCGCCGGACAGUCAGGGUCUCUCGCGGCGCGCGGCGGACUUGCAAAUAUCGACGGGGUCACGUCGCGUCCUUCUUCGUGCCGGCGAUGGGGCAGUCGGGAUCUACCACGCGCAGCAGAACACAAUGCUUCCAGUCGUCGAGCUCUGCAAGACCAUUCGGGACCCCAUUGUCUCCACUAAGCAGCUCGCAGCGGGCGACAACUUCACCGUGCCUCUGGCAACUGACGGCGUUGUCCACGUGGACCCACUGAGGUCCAACACGCACUUAGGGAUCGACCGCGAGGUACGUUGCACUCAAGUCGCAACUGGAGGCGAGGCCAUAGCCGUGCUGCGGAGCUUCGGCGUGGCCGAGCAGCUCGCGACCGCGCGGCGCAAGUUCAUGGCCGAGUGGCGCAUGGGCGAGCAGGGCCCGAGAUUUGAGGUGCUGGCGUACGAGGAGUCCGUGGACUUCAUCGGCACGAUGGUCGAGAUAGACAACAAGGUCGACGCGGCAGAGGACAACAGCUACAUCGCCAAAGACCUCAACCUGAAGCGGUUGCGCAAGUGCCAGGAGUCCGUAGACACGGCCGUCAAGGAGUUGAAGCAGGACCUGAGCAAGGCGAAGGACAUCCAGAAGGUGGAGUUCUCCGAGGACGUGAUGUUCCUGGAUGUGGAUGCGCUGCCCAAGGGCUGGAGCUACAGCGAGCAGGAGCAGGCGCUCUACCUGGACUACGAGGAGUGCUACGUGGCCGGUGAGCUGAGCGAGAAGAACAUGAAUGCGGAGGACAAGGCCAAGUUCGCGGAGGCGAAGCGUGUGGAGCUGCAGAGCUUCUUUGACAACCAGGUCUGGGAGCAGGACAAGAACGAGGUGCACUACAGCUUGAUGCUCGACCCCACGCGGGAUCCGAGGCUGAAUGGCACCAUGACGGCGCUGGGCAAGAGUGCGCUCGUGGUGGACGCGAAGGCUCUCUACGACGCCGCCCAGAAGCCCCACGUGCACAACUUCAAUGACAAGCGGACAGGCAUCGAGGUGCAGGUGCUCAAGGGGCGCAUGACGGCGAGCGCAACGGGCUGGUACUGGGUCAGCUCGGAGUGCCAGUUUGCAGGCGGCUUCACCAAGCUGGCAGCGCGACAGUUGUUGGCAGACCGACUCAGGUCUGGAACGAUCAGCCUCAGGUUCGACGAAAUCUUCCAGGCCGCCAAGGAGAAGACCGCCAAGGACCGCCAGGCAGAGGCCGAGAGGUUCGCCAUAUCUAAGCCAAAGACCAGCGCGAUGACGGCUCUGGCGACUAUGACGUCUAUGACGACAGCGGCGGCCAGCGAGGUGAAGAUCUACGAGAGCGAGGCGGAGCAGGCCCUGGUGGAGUUCAAGUGGACCGAGAGCCAGAGGAUUGUGAUCAGCAUACCGCUCAGCACGUUCGUGAAAGGGCUUUGCAGCAUGCUGGUGGCGAUCGUGCUGCUGGGCUUAGUGUGCUGCGCAGCGCUCAAGGCUGCAGGAACGGCGCGGCCGGUCCCGACAUCUCCAGAGCCAGGCAGUGAGAAGGAGUUUGUACCGACACAGAUCCCGAAGGAGAAGAAGGUGAAGUUGAGUACGGUCAAGUGGGGCAUUGGUUGCCAGGGACCAGUCAACUACACGAGUGUUGGGCGACCCGACGGACAGUACGGACAGUACAAACACGUGACGAAUGGAUUUCGGCGAGCGGUUGCAGCAGGGCCUGGCGCGCCAGCGGGCGGCGCGAGGCGCGGGGGCCCUGGCGCGAAGGGCGCGCCGGCAGCGCCGGGCUUUCCGAGGUCCGACAUGCAGCGCACGCUCUCCGCCGAACGAUUCAAGUCCUUGUACACAUUGGAAGAGACCUCUCAGGCUUUCGUCAGGACCGGGCCCCGCGGGGACGGAUCACUCUGGGGCGGCGCGGCCGCUGGGGGGUCGAGCGCGCGGCGUUUGGCCGUUUCGGUCGCCGACUCGACCCUAGGGACUGCGGAGGCGAAGCCCAUCGGCAACCGCUUCCUGAACAGCAUGGACAAGCUAUUCAUGCUGGCAGUCUGCGAGGUGAUCUCCCACCCGAGCCUGACGAAGCACAGGAAGGACACAAUUUGGGUGAUGCCCCAGGAGGAGAUGGUCAUGACGCGCUUCUUCAUCGUCUUCACUGACGGCCAGAUCGGGGACAACAUCCCCAUCGCCACCGUGGAGGCCGAGCUGCUCGCCUGCAUGGAGAAGCUGCGGGUGGGCUUCGGCGCCCAGCGCGCCUGCACGGAGAAGCUGCGGUGA